ACUACCGCCAUCAUCCAUCCCCGCUGUUAUGGCUGUCAGACGAGCUACACACGCCGACUCAUGGUACGUCGGUAAUGGGCGAAAACUCGAAUCUGAGCUAUCCGAGUACUUGAGCAAUGUACAAGGCAGUCCUGAGAGGGAGUACAUACCUCCGAUCAAGGGCUGCAAAGCGAUCAUCGCUCCUCAUGCAGGAUAUUCGUAUUCUGGUCAAGCAGCGGCGUGGGCGUAUAAGAGCAUUGAUAUGACAGGAAUCAAGCGCGUAUUCAUCCUGGGACCUUCGCACCACGUCUAUCUUGACGGAUGCGCUUUAUCGGGGUGUAAGGAGUAUGAGACUCCCUUGGGUACCUUGCCUCUAGAUCAGGACAUUAUCAAGGAAUUGCGCGACUCUGGGCAGUUUACCGUGAUGGAUAUACAGACCGAUGAAGAUGAGCAUAGUAUAGAGAUGCAUCUCCCGUACGUCCGGAAGAUCUUCGAAGGAAUGGAGAUUGUAAUCGUCCCAAUAUUGGUUGGUGCCAUCAACUACGGCGCAGAAGCUAGGUUUGGUGCUCUUCUGGCCCCAUAUCUGGCGAGAGAGGACACAUUCUGUGUCAUUUCCAGCGACUUCUGCCACUGGGGCACCCGUUUCCAGUACACAUAUUACUAUCCGAAACCUCCUCCUAGUUCCGUUCCCGCAAUUCGUCUAUCCAAGGCAUCGCCCUCUCCUCCCGCCCUCUCCACUUAUCCGAUACAUGCGUCAACAUCGGCUCUGGAUCAUGAAGCCAUGGAGAUCCUUACAAUACCACCGUUCACUGCAUCACAAUCUCACCAUGAUUUCGCCGAAUAUCUCGCUAGAACGAAGAACACGAUCUGUGGAAGGCAUCCGAUCGGGGUGUUGUUGGGAGCGUUGACAACGCUGCAGAAGGAAGGCAAGGUCCCGAAGCUCCAGUGGGUAAGGUACGAACAGAGCAGCAAGUGUUUGACAAUCAAAGACUCGAGCGUCAGCUACGCCAGUGCAUACGUCACAUUCUAG